AUGUCUUCGACAAUCUUACAGAUAGUCUUGAUAUUAUAUACUAAACAUAUACAUUCAAGAGUGUUAGGCAAAGAAUUAUGUCCGCACAACGCAUACGAUUUAAAAACUUUUGAAGGCUUCCCACCAGCAGUUGAGGAGAAAAUUAAGACAGAGGCCUUUCUUAAAGCUGCUACGGAAAUCGUUACUAUUAUUGGGACAUUUGGCAAACUACUUACACCUGUGGUAAAUGAUAUGAAUGGCGCGAAUGCGCUAUUACGGCUAAAGCGUCGCCUACAAUUGAUUUGUACAUUUCCCGAAAACACCUUCAAUGACCCACAGGCAUUGAAGCUGCAGCUGCAGAAUGCAUAUGAGCGUACCCUGAAGCCAUAUCAUGGGUUCUUAGUACAGUGCACAAUAAAAAUAAUUUACAAUUGGGUGCGAACACGAUCACAACUCAUUGGACAGGGUGAGGCGCACGUUGAGAAUCUGCAAGUGCUGGAGGACUAUUUGCCAGCGAUGCGUAGUCACUUGAACCACAUUGACGCGCUGCUAAAAAAAUACAAUUUGGAUGAGGAAGCUAUGUUGGCCAUGGAAUACGGGGCUUAUCACGGUUUGUUUCGAUUACAAAGUUUGGGACGUUGA